AUGUCGUCUUCUAAACAAGAGAUAGCGGCUCUUAUUAUCGACUUUCUGACGUGUACAGCUGACAACAACGAAAUUUCAGAGGAUUAUGUUGACUCUGUUAAUGUGGCGAUAGACUGCAUUGCGGAGGCGUUUGAAGUUGACAAGCAAUCGGCGGAGCAAAUUGUUCAAGGUACUUUCGGUGGUAAAAAGAUUGAAGACUUCAUUACCAAAGAACCAAAGAGUGAAACCGUUAAGGUAAACAUCCCCGUUGAAGAUGCUGACACCAAGGCCAAAGCCGAGGCCUUAAAGCUUGAGGGUAACAAGGCGAUGGCAGCCAAGGAUUACACUUUGGCCAUUGCAAAAUACACCGAGGCCAUCAAAGUAUUGCCUUCGAACGCCGUGUACUAUUCGAACCGUGCCGCUGCCCACUCUUCCAUGAAAAACUACGACGCAGCUGUCAAAGACGCCCAAUCAGCCAUCAGCGUCGAUCCUGCUUAUUCAAAGGGGUACUCCAGACUCGGGUUUGCACAAUACGCUUUAGGUAACGCCAGCGAAGCUCUAGACGCUUACAAAGAAGUUCUAGACAUCGAAGGCGAAUCAGCCACGGACGCCAUGAGGCGUGACUACGAGACCGCUAAGAAGAAGGUCGAACAGUCUCUCAAUUUGGAAAAAUCCACAUUAGUGUCGAACGAAGCCGAAGAGAAAGCUGCUGCUGAUGCUGCUGGCAGCACUGGCGGUCUACCAGACUUCUCCUCUUUACUUGGCGGUGGGCUCGGAGGUCUGUUAAACAACCCACAAGUAAUGCAGGCUGCUCAAAGUCUCAUGCAGAACCCAAAUGCUUUAAAUGACAUGAUGAGCAACCCGGCUCUGAAACAAAUGGCUGACAAAUUUUCUUCAGGUGGAGGCGCUCCUAACAUGAGUGAUUUGAUGAAGGACCCUGCAUUGAUGGAUAUGGCCAAAAACAUGUUUGGUGGUGGGCCCAAGAAUUAG